AUGCCGCACUAUCGCUGUUUCAUUCCCACCGACGCCCUGUCCCUUGACCAGAGGCAGGAGAUCGCCCUGUCUUUCACCGACAUCCACUGCGGCUCCACCGGCGCGCCGCGCAGCUUCGUGUCCGUGACAUUCAUGGAGACCCCAGUGGGCCAGACCCACGAACACGGCGAGGGGUAUUACCUGGACGGCGGCAACCGCGCCGGCCGGUCGGAGGAAGUCAAGCAGCAACUCCUCUCCGACCUCACCCUGGCCUUCGCCAACAUCGCCAGCGUUGCGCCUGGUGACAUCCCGGGGCGCAUCACCGAGAACCCCGCAUCCUGGACCAUGGAGGGCGGUUUCGUUCUGCCCGAACCGGGCCAGGAAGGCGCGGAGUGGUACGCCGCCGCCGCCGCCGACUGA